AUGGUCAUACCGGAGUAUUUUAAAACGGAAGUCGAAGGAAAAACUAUACGAAUCAAGGUGGAACAAUAUUUGACGGAGAAUCAAAGAGAAAUUGAUCAUAACUACUUUUUCAAAAUUUAUAAUAACCUAAAUCUUCAAUUUGCUGCCGGACGUUACUUACUAACAUUAAAACGGAAACGACCGGCUCCAUAUAUGCAGAGUGUGUGGGUACUGGAAAAUGUGGAGAUUCCUGUAGAAAGCAGUGGCGUCUCUCUUAUUGGAAUUGUUGCUGGCGCUGACAAAAAUCAACCGGAUCUUUACUACGUGUGGACGAAGGAACGUCCGGUCGGACAAGAUAUUACUAUUAGAUCUAAGAAUAUUUCAUUGGGAACUUGGAUAACAAUGAGAAUUCCGAAAGAUCAAAUGAACAAAUAUGCUCUUGAAACCAAAAACUAUUCGAUGAUGGAGAAAAGCCUAUAUCCAACAGAGAUAAUGAACGGAACGAUUGCUCUGAAAUUAGAGUUGUGGCUGACUGCAAACUCAAGAGAGAUAAGUCAUCCAUUUGUAGGAAAUAUCAUAAAAAAAACUACAAACUUCUCGGAAUCUGGAAAAUACCUCAUCACAAUAAAACGACAGAUUAACAAGAAGGAUGUUCAGCCAAUCAAAAGUGUUUGGCAUUUAAUAGAUAGUAAACUUAUCGAGCUGGAAUCAACCCACGUGGCAUCAAUUGCCCACCCGCGUCAAUCACUGAUCGAUCAGAACAUUCAACGUGGACAAAACAGCUUCAAUAAUAGAGCGAGAUCUAAAUCCAGAGGAAGAUCCAUGUCUAGAGCGAGAGUCCAAGACAAUCAAAUUGAAUUAAAUGGAAUAGUUGUAGCAAACGGAACAGGUUGUAAAUAUGUGUUUUGCAAGGAACGACUCCCUGGAAACGAUAUUAAAAUAAAUGAUGAUUCGAAAUUGGGUCUAGGAAAAUGGGUACAAUUCCGUAUUUCACAACAAGAGAUGGACGAAUUCUUUCCGAAAGAAAUGCCUUCAAACGGAGAAUAUCCAAUGUUUUGGUGCCAAGAAUUCACCGAGAUUCCUGAAAUUCAUCCGACGAAAAUCAGUGGACAGAAAAAAGCUAUCCUCCUGGAGUUGGAACUUGAUAUUAAAGAAAAUUCAAGAGUAGAAGAUUUGUGGCACCCAUCUGUGAAUUAUAUUAUAAAUGAAUCUUACACAUUUCCCCAAUCUGGUAAAUAUUUAUUGACUGUUAUUCGAGGAAAAAACAGGACUGGCCUUGUAAAAAGUGUUUGGUUUUUAAGAGAAUAUAAAUUGCUAGAGCCUACCAAUCAACAUAACUCUAGUUUCGAUCAAAUGACGCCACAGAGACAAUCACUGAUCGAUCAAAACAUUCAACGUGGACAAAAUAGCUUUAAUAAUAGAGCUACAUCUUCAUCUAGAGGAAGAUCAAUGUCAAGAUCUAGAGCGGAUAACUCUCGUUUCGAUCAAAUGACUCCACAGAGACACGUCCAGUUUGACCAUUAUGGUAGAUCCAGUUCAAGACCAAGAGGAAUUUUGAAAAAUGCGAAUCCGAUCUUCGUGAGCAAUGUGAGUCCAAAUCCAGACGGGCCAUCUUCUUCAAGUCAGCCGGCUCGUUAUUCAUAUUCGCCUAGCCAAAUGACUCCUCAACCCGAUACCUACCUGCCAUCACUAUCUCCGAUUCCAGCUCCCCGUACUAUUGGUACAACUCCUCGCCAAUCUCAAACUAACGAGAAUCAAACUGGAAUUAUUAUCGGGAUUAAUUAUAAAGGAAGCUAUGAAAUGAUAUUUGUUUGGUUGAUUGCCGAGAAAACAGCAGCUGCAUUGAAAUUAACGUUCCCUUCUGGAAAACUGAAUCUCGGUCUUGGAUCAUUCUUCAGUGCUCCGUUUACUAAUGAAAAUGGGAGAUGGUCAUCGUCUGGACCGGUUACCAUAGUCGAUAAAAUCGAUGGAGUCUCAACCAGAGUGAACGGACAAGGUGGUGUUGAGCUCCAGGUUUAUGCUGAGGGACUGCAUGAGCCAGAUCACAAGCACUUUAACUACCCGUGGAUUCCUCAUGAUUAUUUUGGAGAUAUAAUAGACAAUCGAGGGCAACUUGAAAUGCACGGGAAAGUCAAAUACCAUAUGAUAAUAAAAAGAAGCCGUGUCAAAUCGGAAGAAAACUUUCAGUGGGUCGUCGUGGAGCAAAUUAGAGUUUAA